UUUGAUUGCACAUCAAGCUCAUGUCCAGUUUGACCCAGCGCAUAACCAUGACCAGCGAAAGCGAAGCGACUGGACAGCUUGAAUUGAAGCUAAACCGACUAAUUGAUCAGGCGCUCAAAUACAUUGAGCAGCUGCAAAAAUGGGAUUCAACAAGCGCAGUAUCUCCUGAGCAGUUCGACGAGUCUUGGUUCAAAAAUGAGCUUGUGAAAGGAGCAAAAGUUCUCUCUCACAAUGCUACAAAGCUCUCAUUAACGGCACCCCACCAAGCAAAGGACACUCCCGAAAUAUGCACAAACAUCGAAAAGUGCAUUUUGCAUAUCGUCGCGGUUGUUGAGUCGGUUCCCCCUUCACUUGGAGUAUCCCUGCAGGACGAAAUUCGCAGUACCUCAAUAUCUCUCCUUUUUGACGUAGCACACCUGGCCAAUAACUUCCUCUCGAAACCAAGAUCAUUGGACAGCGGUAACAAGCUCGGAUACCUAUCAUCGACGGGGAUCGUGUGGAAAGCGUGCCAAGUUGUUGAGAAUAUGUCAAUGAAUAAUGAAGCAGCUGUUGCAAAGAAAGUGAACAGCCGGAUAACCUUGGUGGCCGAUGCAGUGCUAGAGCUCGAGGAGGUAUUGGAAGCAGGAGGAAUAGCGGACGAAGGCUGGGACGAUCUAAUGUCAGAUGAUGAGCGAGAAACGGAGCCUAAGGAACUUAGUGACACGGAGAAGGACCUGGUCAAAAGAUGCAUCGUGAUUGUGAAAGCCACAAAGCUGAUGAUGAAGAAAACCAUGACAACUCUGGAGAAGGACGGGAAGAAAGUAUCCUCACAAAUCAUCAAUUCAGGCAAAGAAGGAAGGGUUCAAGUGGAUGUGGAGAGGGUCCAAAUGUUAGACGAGUUAGCCCGUUUAAGUAGCAUAUGCUCUCAACGUGUUGACGACCUUGUCAGCAACAUCGAUCCCCCAAUACUACCAGCGGAGGUGGCCAGUGCCGCCUCGAUGCUUACCAGCACCUGCACGGAUUGGAUAACCUUAGCGAAGACCCUAUUUGACGAGCAAGCAACAGUCAUGUGGUUUUCGACGUGCGGAGUGCAGCUACAAACCGUCCUCGAACAGAUCUUGGAAAAAACCUCUGCCCGAUGAUAAUCGUCCAAGGCUUGUUGCAUACGGUUUCUAUUUCUAUGUACUAGAGCUGCUCCAUAUACUUCCGAUGGUUAUCUGUCAUAAAUACACCUGGUCAUUGCAAUUUCAAAGUAGGAUUGGUCGCAAUGGCGCGAGCCUUG